AGGGCGACAGCCGACACGCCCGGCUGAGUGCUCCCUUCCUUCCACCUUCCAGGCUCGGGCGGGACUGACGGUCCUCUGCCAAGAGAGGUGACAGCCGCGGCACCUCUCUUCGCCUCCCUUAGCCGUCGCUGUCGCCGUCGCCAAGAAUCCGCGCGGGCCAUGUUUUCCAGCCUGUGGAGAUGGGGCGCUAGCGGCUCCUACCAGCGGGUCCCCCAAGGCUCCUGGACGCAGAAAUGCAGUCCAGAGAAAAGUGCUUCAUUCUUCAGUAGGAUAACAUAUUCCUGGUUUAGCAGGAUAAUUAUUUUAGGCUAUAAGAAACCUUUGGAAAGAGAAGAUCUUUUCGAACUAAAUGAAAGUGAUUCCUCCUAUGUCCUGUGUCCCAUCUUUGAAAAACAAUGGAGGAAGGAAGUUUUAAGAACUCAAGAGAGGCAAAAAGUAAAGUCAUCUUUUCAUAAAGAGGCACAUACCAGGAAACCCUCUCUACUCUGUGCGUUGUGGAAUACCUUUAAGUUUGUCCUGAUUCAAGUGGCUUUAUUCAAAGUAUUUGCUGAUGUUUUGUCCUUCACUAGCCCACUCAUAAUGAAGCAAAUGAUCAUUUUCUGUGAACGUCGCACAGAUUUUGGCUGGAGUGGCUAUGGUUAUGCUUUGACGCUUUUUGUUGUAGUCUUUUUGCAAACCCUCAUCCUUCAGCAAUACCAACGUUUUAACAUACUCACUUCAGCAAAGAUUAAGACAGCUGUAACUGGAUUGAUCUACAAAAAGGCCAUGCUUUUAUCUAAUGUUUCCAGAAGGACGUUUUCCACUGGGGAAAUUAUUAACUUGAUGUCAGCAGAUGCCCAGCAGCUUAUGGAGUUGACAGCAAACAUCAAUCUCCUUUGGUCAGCCCCUUUUCAAAUCCUGAUGGCCAUAUCACUCCUUUGGCAAGAGUUGGGUCCAGCAGUGUUAGGAGGAAUGGCAGUCCUUGUGUUUGUUAUACCAAUAAAUGCUUUGGUUGCAACUAGAGUGAAAAAGCUGAAGAAAAGCCAAAUGAAGACCAAAGAUAAGCAGAUAAAAUUGCUCAAGGAAAUCUUGCAUGGAAUUAAGAUCCUCAAACUUUAUGCAUGGGAACCCUCCUAUAAAAAGAAGAUUAUUGAAAAUCGAGAACAGGAAUUAGAAGUUCACAAAUCAAUUGGGUAUCUUGCUGUAUUUUCUAUGUUGACAUUAACUUGCAUUCCAUUCUUGGUGUCCCUGGCAACAUUUGGCAUCUAUUUCUUAUUGGAUGAAGGAAACAUUUUAACAGUCACUAAAGUGUUCACAACUAUGUCUUUGUUCAAUAUUUUGAGGCUUCCUUUGUUUGAUUUACCAACGGCGAUCUCAGCUGUGGUCCAGACAAAAUUAUCGCUGGGUCGUUUGGAAGACUUUCUCAACAGUGAAGAACUUCUUCCUCAAAGCAUUGAAACAAACUACGUAGGAGAUCAUGCCAUUGGUUUUACAAAUGCUUCCUUUUCCUGGGAUAAAACAGAGAUCCCAGUAUUAAAAGACUUGAACAUAAAGAUUCCAGAAGGAGCCUUAGUGGCCAUUGUAGGCCAAGUUGGGUCUGGAAAGUCAUCUGUGCUUUCUGCCAUUCUGGGAGAAAUGGAGAAAAUUAAAGGAGUAGUCCAAAGAAAGGGCUCCAUGGCUUAUGUUUCCCAGCAGGCCUGGAUUCAGAAUUGCAUUUUUCAAGAAAACAUUCUCUUUGGCUCCGUCAUGCAGAGGCAAUUUUAUGAGCGAGUAUUGGAAGCCUGUGCUCUUCUUCCCGAUUUGGAGCAGUUACCAAAUGGAGAUCAAACUGAGAUUGGAGAAAGAGGUGUGAAUAUAAGUGGAGGCCAGAAGCAUCGAGUAAGUCUGGCCAGAGCUGUCUAUAGUGGGGCCGACAUCUACCUCCUAGACGAUCCCUUGUCUGCAGUUGAUGUUCAUGUUGGAAAGCAACUUUUUGAAAAAGUAAUUGGAUCUUCAGGCAUUUUGAAAAACAAGACUCGAAUUUUAGUGACCCACAACCUCACACUUCUACCACAGAUGGAUCUUAUUGUGGUAAUGGAAGGUGGCAGAGUAGCGCAAAUGGGAACAUACCAGGAACUUCUGUCUAAAACCAAAAAUCUCACAAAUUUCCUUCAGAUCUUCAGUGAGCAAGAAAAAGAUCAUGCCUUAAGGCGAGUCAGUAUAAUCAACUCCAAAACUGUACUGAAAGACCAAGUCCUGGAGCAAAACGAUAGGCCCUUAUUGGAUCAAGGAGAACACUUCUCAGUGAGAAAAGAAAAGGUUCCUGUUGGUGGGGUGAAGUUCUCAAUCAUUCUGAAGUACCUCCAAGCUUUUGGCUGGCUCUGGGUGUGGCUGAACAUGGCCCUUUACCUAGGGCAGAAUUUAAUGGGCAUUGGACAGAAUCUAUGGCUUAGUGCCUGGGCAAAAGAAGCAAAGCACAUGAGUGACUUCACAGAACGGAAGCAAAUAAGCAAUAAACUUAGCAUCUAUGGGCUAUUGGGAUUAAUUCAAGGUCUUUUUGUUUGCUCAGGAGUUUAUCCACUCAUGAGAGGAUCUUUGGCUGCCUCUCGAACUUUGCAUGCUCAGCUGUUGGAUAAUGUGCUGCAUCUCCCACUCCAGUUUUUUGAAAUCAAUCCCAUAGGCCAAAUCAUCAAUCGGUUCACCAAGGACAUGUUUAUAAUUGAUAUGCGUUUCCACUACUACUUACGGACCUGGGUGAAUUGCACCUUGGAUGUUAUUGGAACAGUUUUGGUCAUUGUGGGAGCUUUUCCACUCUUCAUUCUGGGGGUUAUUCCCUUGGUUUUCCUCUAUUUCACUAUACAAAGAUACUACAUGGCUAGCUCUCGGCAGAUUCGGAGGUUGGCAGGAGCAUCUCGCUCUCCUGUCAUUUCCCACUUCAGCGAAACUCUGUCGGGGGUGUCCACAAUCAGGGCAUUUGGAUAUGAGCAAAGGUUCAUUCGGCAAAACAAAGAGCUGGUGAAUGAGAAUUUGAUCUGUUUCUACAACAGUGUGAUCGCAAACAGGUGGCUGUCUGUUAGACUUGAAUUUCUUGGCAACCUAAUGGUGUUGUUCGCUGCACUGCUUGCUGUGCUGGCUGGCGAUUCUAUAGAUUCAGCAAUUGUUGGUUUGUCCAUAUCCUAUGCCCUAAAUAUUACUCAGUCUUUGAAUUUUUGGGUAAGGAAAGCAUGUGAAAUUGAAACCAAUGCAGUGUCCAUUGAAAGAGUUUGUGAAUAUGAAAAUAUGGAUAAAGAGGCACCUUGGAUAAUGUCUAAAAGGCCUCCAUCACAAUGGCCCAAUAAAGGGAUAGUGGAAUUUAUUAAUUAUCAGGCUCGAUACCGAGAUGAUCUUAGUUUAGCAUUACAAGAUAUCACUUUCCAGACUCAUGAGGAAGAGAAGAUUGGAAUUGUGGGGCGAACUGGAGCUGGCAAAUCAACACUAUCAAAUUGUCUAUUUAGAAUUGUGGAAAGAUCAGGAGGCAAAAUUCUUAUUGAUGGAAUUGACAUAUCUACUAUUGGGCUUCAUGACCUUCGUGGCAAACUUAAUAUUAUUCCACAGGAUCCGGUUUUGUUUUCUGGAACGCUUCAAAUGAACCUGGACCCCCUAGACAAGUAUUCUGAUGGCGAGCUGUGGGAGGUGCUGGAGCUGUGUCACUUAAAAGAGUUUGUACAGUCCCUUCCGAAGAAGCUGCUGCAUGAGAUUUCAGAGGGUGGGGAAAACCUCAGUGUUGGACAACGACAGCUCAUCUGUCUUGCUCGUGCAUUGUUGCGAAAAACAAAAAUUCUCAUCUUGGAUGAGGCAACAGCCUCCAUUGAUUUUGAGACAGACAGCUUGGUGCAGACCACAAUCAGGAAGGAGUUUUCUGAUUGCACCAUUCUGACGAUUGCUCACAGACUUCAUUCUGUCAUGGAUUCUGACAGGGUGCUUGUUCUAGACUCUGGAAGAAUCGCAGAGUUUGAAACACCACAGAAGUUGAUAUGCCAGAAAGGACGUUUCUUUGAAAUGCUAACAGAAGCAGGAAUAAGACAAGACUUGGGGACAAAAAAUAAAUAGCUUUAGAUGUAUAUUGAUUAUACCAAAUAAAAAAAUCAAUAUUUGAAAAAAUAAUGACAGGGGAGAAAUGCAAAAAAGCAUCCCCCUAAGCUAUGUGUUGGCAGAAAUAGAGAUAAGCACUGUAAUUGUAGCCAUCCUGGGCUCUACCCAACCUUCUCUCUUCCAUUCAUGCUCUAGGGAAUAUCUGCCUUCUCCAUGUUGCCCAAAAUGCUAUAUAUGAUUUAUACUUUAAGUCUCUGUUCAGAAGUCACCUUCUUUGGAGUUCCUGUUGUGGAUCAGUGGUAAUGAACCUGACUAGUAUCCAUGAGCACACACGUUUGAUCCCUGGCCCCAAUCAGU